UCGGAGCCCAGGGGGGGGAUCGCCAAAAGCGCUAUAACUACACCUCAUUAUACAUUCCACCUUGAUUGGGAAACAAGGAAAAGUCCACAGCAAAAAUGGCAGAAUCACUAAAAGAAUCGUUAUGCUAGCCAUGCUUGGCUCGAUCGGGAUGACGAUGCUCAUACUGGCCUGUGCGCUACCGACGUACAACUUAUGGUGGCCAAUAUUCGUCGUGCUGUUCUACAUACUGUGUCCCUUCCCAACGCUGAUUGCCAAGCGCAUCGAAUCGGAUGAUCCGGCCCGCGCCGCCAGCGCUAUGUUUGCUACGAUCGGUAUUGUCAUGAGCAGCUUCGCCCUUCCGAUCGUGCUUGCCCGUGCCGAAGUGAUCCAAUGGGGCGCUUGUCUACUUACGCUGGCCGGUAACGUUGGCGCCUAUGCGACCAUUCUGGCGUACUACUUCGGCUUCGAAUCGGGCGAUUCCAACAUGUGGUAAAGUGAUAGCCCAUCCUCAUUAUCUCAUCUUUAAUGUUCGAAAAGGGGCUUUUUCGUGCUGUUCGAGAGCACAUCCGCGUGCUGUAUCAAAAACACGAAUUUUCACUCCCCUCCCCCCCGUGACAUUGCAUACAAGUAUUGUAUGCAACAUAAAAUCGGAAAAUGCAGCGGGUCCGUUGGAUUGUGCUCCGGUGGUAUGUUUUCCAUUAGCUUCAAUACUUAUUUUUCCAUCUUUUUUCUGUAAACGUUAUAACCAAAAGGAGAAGGAAGUUUACCAACCCGAACUACGGAACUAAGUGUAUAAAUUAUUUUACAAUUCCUUAUCGAGGCAGUUACUCAAUAAAGCGUUUAGAGAGAUCGUAUUAUUUCACAA